AUGCCCGAGAGAGUCAUUGUUGUUGGUGCUGGCUUGUCCGGCCUGAGUGCUGCUCACACCAUCUAUCUUGCUGGUGGAAAUGUAGUCCUCCUUGACAAGAACAACUUCAUGGGAGGCAAUUCCACCAAGGCCACAUCUGGAAUCAACGGUGCUCUUACACGGACACAAGUUGACGAGAAGAUUGGCGACAGCGUCAAGCAGUUUUACGAUGACACGCUCAAGUCGGCGAGAGACAAGGCGCGGCCAGACUUGAUCAAGGUGCUCACCUACAAGUCUGCCGCGGCCGUCGAGUGGCUGAUGGACGUCUUCAACCUCGACUUGACUCUCGUUUCGCGGUUAGGUGGUCACUCACAGCCCCGAACCCACCGUGGCCACGACGCCAAGUUCCCCGGUAUGGCCAUCACCUACGCUCUGAUGCAACGAUUCGAAGAGUUGGCCGAACAAGAACCGGAGCGCGUCCAGCUCGUCAAGAAGGCCAAGGUCUCCAAGGUCAACACCGAAGGCAACCGGGCCACUGGUGUUACAUACACAUUCAAUGGCGAGGAGACGACUCUCAACGGACCCGUCAUUCUGGCUACUGGUGGUUACGCCGCCGACUUCACAGAGGAUUCUCUUCUGAAGAAGUGGAGGCCAGACACCUUCGACCUCUCCACCACCAACGGUGCUCACGCUACCGGCGACGGACACAAGAUGCUGAUGAAGAUUGGCGCCAACGGCAUUGAUAUGGACAAGGUCCAGGUUCACCCGACCGGUCUGGUAGAUCCCAAGGACCCUACCGCAAAGACAAAGUUCCUGGCUGCUGAAGCUCUCCGUGGUGAGGGCGGUAUUCUCCUCAACAACAAGGGCAAGCGUUUCUGCGACGAUCUCGGUCACCGCGAUUACGUCUCCGGCAUGAUGUGGGCUGAGAAGGAGAAGGGCAACUGGCCCAUCCGCCUCGUCCUCAACUCGAAAGCAUCAAACGUUCUCGACUUCCACACCAGGCAUUACUCUGGCCGUGGCCUGAUGAAGAAGAUGACUGGCAAGGAGCUUGCCAAGGAGAUUGGUGUCAGCGACAAGGAGCUCCAGCACGAGUUCCAGAGCUACAACUCCAUCGCAAAGGGCGAGAAGAAGGACGAGUGGAACAAGAAGUACUUCCACAACCUGCCCUUUGACAUCAACGACACUUUCCACGUUGCACACAUGGAGCCCGUGCUCCACUUCACAAUGGGUGGUAUUGAGAUCAACGACCAAGCCCAAUGCUUGAACUCGGAGGGCAAGCCAUUUGAUGGUCUAUACGUCUGUGGUGAGCUUGCGGGUGGUGUCCACGGUGCCAACCGCCUUGGUGGUUCAUCACUUCUUGGCUGUGUUGUGUACGGCCGUGUCGCAGGAGAGUCUGCAUCCAAGUAUCUCUUCCAGCAAGCGCUCAACAACGCUGGUGGCGCUGCCGUAUCUCGUCUCGGCCAAAUUUCACUCCACAUCGACCCAUCGCAACCGGGCAAAGUCUCGGUAGAAUGGGGCAACAGUGCCAGUGGAAACGCUCAGGCCGGAAGCUCGUCAGACCCCGUCGAGCAACAAAAGCAGAUAUCUUCGGCCCCUGUCAUGUCCUCCAAUGCCGACUCAAACGACCCCGGCAAGGUCACCAAGCCAAACGCACCCAAGAAGUUCAGCAUUCCAGACAAGGAGUUCUCGCUCGAGGAGGUUGCGAAGCACAACAAGAAGGAUGACUUGUGGAUUGCAGUAAAGGGCAUCGUCAUGGACGUGACCAACUGGACAGACGAGCACCCAGGCGGUCCUCAGGCGCUGUUCAGCCACAUGGGCAAGGACGCGUCAGAGGAAUUUGAAAUGUUGCACGACGAUGAGGUCAUUCCCAAGUAUGCGCCCGAGAUUGUUAUUGGCAGAGUCAAGGGCCAGGAGGUGACGCUCGAAUACUAGACGGGCAGUGACAGUUGUUUGUACUUUUAGCAUGUUUAAAAUGAUAUCACUUGCAUGUA